UCACUCUAACUUCACCAAUUCCAGGCCCAACCCAAAUUAUUACCGGGCUUAAGCCCUUGAGGGGUUUCCUUAACUCAUCUCCUCCUCCAACCCAGUAUUCUGGAAUACUCUCGACGCACAGCCGCUGAAAAGUGUAGGGUUUCGCCAUUUCUACCAGGUGGUAAGAGGCAAGAGCUUGUUCUUUCUUAGAAUCAUGAGCAUGAACGGAGGGAUGCGGACUUGCGCAAAGUUGUUGAGGGCUUCCGAAGCUUCGCUAUCGAAAUCAGGGACUAGAGGGUUCCACUCAACUGGAGUGAAAAGAAUGGGUGGACAUGGCCACGAUGAACCAGCCUACAUGCAUGCCAAACACAUGUAUAACUUGGACCAGAUGAAAAACCAGAAGUUGCAGGUGAGCCUUGGAGUGCUCGCCGCUUUCAGCAUUGGUGUGGGUGUUCCGAUUUGGGCUGUCAAUUUCCAACAGAAGAAAACAUCCUCUGGUUGAGAUGGACUUAUGCAGCAAUAAGAGACGCAGAACACUGCGUUCUUUCACAGCUUUGAGGGAUGAGCAGUUAAGUAGACAAUAAAAUGAAAUCCUGAAUUUUGGAUGCCAAAUGAUAUGACCCGCCAUUUGUGUAUUUUUCAUGUCCUUUCUAAUAAUCUUUUUACGUGCGUUUUAUCUAUGUUUUGUAAAAAAAAAAAAUGAAAGUAAUUGUUACGAAAACUCAAAAGUAUUCAUUAUGCACUACGCAAUUGAGAAGGACCUCACAUUGAUCAUUUUUUAGUGUUAAUAACUUCCUUAAA